AUGUAUGAAGCUUAUUUAGAGGGUGACCUAAGAAAAUUACAAACAUGGCUAUACCAAGACAACUCAAUUAUUAUUAAAGAAGGUGCCAGGAAAAAAGAAAUAUGGAAAGCUCCUGAUACAAUUCUAAUUAAAAUUGGAAUGACCAGGAAAACUGAUGUUAAGGUCAGGUUUAAGGAGUGGAUGGUAUCUUGUCACCAUGAAAUCAUUGGCCUCACUCCAGAAAAUAUGGAAAUGCUCUUAAAGGAACACCAUAUUGGCUUUAAAAAAAAGGAUAAUGUCAACACAAUUACCCAUUUGUUUAAAAAACUGUCCUUAAAAAAAGCUUCUCGAGCUCAUGGAAAACAGAAGGUAUCUAUCCGUAUCCAAGACCUCUAUACCUACAAAAAUGGUGGAUUUUUUACUGAUGGAAAUGGGAAAUUGUCCCUGGAGGAAAUCGAGAACUUAAUUCAUAGAAUAUUGUGGAAAAAAUAUGGGAAGGGCAUUAUAUAUUGCUCAGGGUGUAAUCAUACUCAUACGGAGUGGUUUAAAAUCCCCAUAAAAGAUUUGCCAUUCGUCAUUCAAACUAUUGAUUCAUUGUGUUUAGCUCAAAAGGCCUAA